ACAUUAUCUCUUCAAUAACCACGACCCAUUCAAACUCAAAGCGAACAAGAUCCACUGUACUAAAAUUUGGAAUCUUUUUUUUUGUGCUCCUCCACCGUGAAAUGUAUCAUCCACUACCGAUCCCUCCCUCCUCCUCCCCCGAUGACGUUUCCUCGCCGCUUCUGAAUCGAAACCGCCGCGCUUCGCAGCCGCUACGCGGCGCGGCGUCGCGGCUUCUCCGGCGAGCGAGCAGCCACCACAUGAUGCUCCGGGAGUCGUCGGUCCGAGUCCGCGAGACGGCGGCGGAGCAGAUCGAGGAGAGGCAGAGCGAGUGGGCGUACUCGAAGCCGGUCAUAGUCUUGGACGUGCUGUGGAAUCUAGCGUUCGUGUUCGUCACCGUCGGAGUCGUGUGGUUUAGCUCCGGAGAAGAUCCUCACGUUCCUCUGAGGUUCUGGAUCGCAGGGUAUAAUCUACAGUGUUUGAUUCACGUUGUGUGUGUGGUCGCUGAGUAUCGCCGCCGACGGCAGGGUUAUGAUCAUCGUCUGAACCGAGAUUCAGAUUCCGGUUUAGGUUCCUCCAGUGAAGGAUCUAGCGAAGAGGAAUCUGUUGGUCCUGAGAUUGAAUCUGGAACUAGUCUUGCUAAGCACCUUGAAUCGACGAAUGCAAUCUUCUCCUUUGUGUGGUGGAUCAUUGGGUUUUAUUGGGUCACUGCUGAUGCGGAGCAACUCGCUCAAAGCUCGCCUCAACUCUACUGGCUCUGUGUUGCGUUUCUCGCCUUUGAUGUUAUCUUUGUUGUCCUAUGCGUUGCGGUUGCUUGUAUUAUUGGUAUUGCUGUUUGCUGCUGUUUGCCUUGCAUCAUCGCGGUUCUGUAUGCUUUGGCGGAUCGGGAAGGCGCAUCUGAUGAGGAGAUUGAAAGGCUUCCGAAAUUCAAGUUUCUAACGGUGAGAAACUCAGAGAAAGUGAACGGGGAGAUACGGGAAACUCAUGGAGGGAUAAUGACUCAACUUGGUGUUGAUUCUCCAAGUGAACGUGUGUUAUCAAGUGAUGAAGCUGAAUGUUGCAUUUGUCUAUGUGACUAUGAAGAUGGAACAGAGCUGAGAGAACUUCCAUGUAGACACCAUUUCCAUGAAGUUUGUAUAGACAAAUGGCUACGCAUCAACGCCACUUGCCCACUCUGCAAAUUCAACAUCCUCAAAACCGGUGAACAAAGUGGCAGCGAUGCAGUUUGAAUCAAUUCCAUUCAAAUUCAUUUUAAGAGAUAUAAUGUCGCAGUGGGAAUCUGAGACAACAGAUGUGGCUUAUCCCUCUAUUGUUCUCUCUCUACUACUUUGUUGUGUAAAUUGCAGAAAGUGAAUAGUUUACAGCUGUUGUUUUACAUGUUGAGAUUAUUGUUAUAUAAAAUUUGAGGGUUUGGCGUGUGUG